AUGGAGAAGGAAAUGGCCUCAGAGAUUGAGGAGCGCGACGGAUCCGGCAGACUGUAUCGCCGCUGGAUUCACGAGCCCGACGGUCGCAUCACCGAGGUAAGCACCGCUCUCAUCCCCUUCGUCUCAAAACUAGCUUCUCAUCAUCGCCAGAUACCUGUCGACGACACCACAGACACCGCAAAAAUCUGGCAGACGAAUAUCCGCCAAGUCCUCUGCGACGCUUUCCUUCCUAUAGGCUACCCGGACUCCGUCACCCCGGACUACCUGGGCUACCAGACCUACGACUCCCUCCAGGCCUUCUUCUCUACCAUCACCUCCCUCCUCGCCAACCGCGCGAUCCUCCAGGGCCUCGGCGUGGGCGACGCCAACUCUUCCGCCACAUACGCCCUCCUCCUGACCAUCCUCAAGGACGGCAUCUCGCGCGUCGCCACCAUCGCCUUCGCCUACCGCUUCGGUCUGGUCAUCGAGCCAGAGUGCAAGAAGUACCGCUUUCUCGCUGAUAUUUUCAACGACAGCGCGUUCUUCCUGGACCUCUUCUCCCCGCUCUUCGGCACGUGGACGAAGAUCUUCGCGAUCGUCGCUGCGGAGGCUCUGCGCGCCAUGUGCGGAGUCGCCGCCGGCGCAUCCAAGGCCGCGCUCUCGAAGCACUUCGCCCGCAGGAACAACCUCAGCGAGCUCAACGCCAAGGAGUCUUCCCAGGAGACCGCCGUGGGCCUGGUUGGCCUGAUCGUCGGCAGUAUCGUCGUCCGCUACGUCGAGAGUCGGGAGGCCGUCUUCACGCUCAUGGUCAUCCUCGUCUUUGUCCAUCUCGGCAUGAACUACCUUGGCGUCCGCUGCGUCCAGCUCAAUAUCCUCAACCAGCAACGCGCCACGAUUCUCUUCGACGCGUAUCUCAACGGCGGGAAGAUCCUCAGCCCGGCCGAGGUUGCUGCUCGCGAGGCCAUCAUCUUCUGGAAGCCCGUCGUCAGGACGAAGGAUCAGCAGCGCGUUAAGAUCGUCUUUGCCCGGAGCUACGCUGAUGCCAUGGUCCGUGGCGCUACUGCUCAAGUGUUCCGCCCUGUCGUCUACAGAGACUUGGACGAGAAGUCUUCAUCCCAGCUCGUGGUCUGCCGGUCCGGUCCGGUCCCAGUCAUCAAGAUCCUUCUCUAUGGAGACCCUCUCCGCAACGCCAAGAAUAGCACCUCCCUCUUCGCUUGGUACUCGGCCCAGCUUCUUGUUCACCUCGGGCUCGAUACGGAUGCUGUAGAUGAGAAUGCGUAUGGUGAGGCAAGCGAGAGAUUCUUCUUUAAGUUGGAGGAGGCUGGCUGGUGCCUUGACGACACAAACCUGGAUGCAUCUGCGCCGUGGAUGACCAUUGGGAAGACCAAGGAAGAGGACAAGAAGGAGCGCUGA